CGAAGGACAGGAUGGUCCCCGAUGUCUAGACUAGACGUAGGGAUUUCUCUCACAUUUCGACAACUAUCUCGGUGAUGGCGUGCUUCCAUCAGGGAUGGAGAAUUUUUAUUCAACAGGGAAUAAAAGUGUCAAAUUAUCCAGACGCGUUGAUGUCUCCCUCACUUUUUUCUCAUUUCCAUUACCAUUACCUAUUCUACAACAUCUAUCCAUCCUUCUCAUCCAUUUUGAGAAGCGUCUAUAUCGUAUUGGUGAAUAGAGAAUUGAAUUCUUAGCUGCAUUCAAAGUAUCCACCAUGUCGAACAAGACUUACACCUCACAAGAAUUGGGUAUCCACGGGACGCCGUCUCAAACUUCAUUGGAUAAUCCGGGAAAACCAGAUAUCGCAAAUGGAGAGGUAGUUCAUUCGGCUUCAGGUCAUCUGGAUGCCGUUUAUGGUGUCGGUGGGGUGGGACAUACACAGAGAAGAUUGAAGGCUAGACAUGUUACCUUUAUCGGUUUUGGUGGUGGUAUUGGUACGGGUCUUUUCAUCGGUACUGGUGCAGCUUUAGCAAAUGCUGGUCCUUUGGGUUUGCUAUUGGCUUACAGUGUUGUCGGUCUUCUUCUUUGGUGUGUAAUGGAGUCAAUUGGUGAACUGGCCACUCUGUUCCCAACUGCUGGAUCUUUCCCCCAUUUUGCAACUCGAUUCGUCGAUCCUGCUCUUGGAUUUACUCUCGCCAUUUCCUACGGUUAUUGCUACACCAUUGCUAUUGCUUCGGAAGUUUCAGCAGCCGCCAUCGUAGUAUCUUACUGGACAGACAUCACACCCGCUCUCGUGAUUUCUAUAGGACUCGUCGCGAUCUUCCUCAUCAAUAUCGCUAACGUCAAGUUCUACGGUGAAGCAGAGGUCGUCACUGCUUCCAUCAAAAUUCUUUGUUUCUUAGGAUUGAUUAUCGUCUCUAUAGUUAUCACAGCCGGAGGCGCACCCAAUCACGAGUCCGUCGGAUUUAGAUAUUGGAAAGAUCCAGGUCCAUUCGUUCCCUACGAUGGAAUCACCGGGAACAAAGGUAACUUCCUCGCAUUCUUUAGUGCAUUCAUCAACGCCAGUUUCUCCUACAUCGGUGUUGAAACCGUCGUUGUCGCCGCCGCGGAAACCGAAAACCCACACAAAUCGAUCCCCAAGGCCGUCAAGCGUGUCACCUAUCGAAUCCUGUUUUUCUAUGUUCUCGGUACGCUUCUCAUCGGAAUGAUCAUUCCCUCCAACGAUCCAGCUCUCGUAAGUGGUACCGGUAACGCCAAUUCCUCGCCUUUCGUCAUCGCGAUCAAGAACGCCGGAAUCUCCGUACUCCCAUCUAUUGUCAACGCAUGUAUCCUUACCUCCGCCUGGUCCGCCGGAAAUAGUUACUGCUACAUUGGUGCGCGUAUGAUCGUCGCCAUGGCAGUUGAUCGCCAAGCGCCUCAAUGUUUCGCCAAGGUCAACAGAUGGGGUGUACCAUACUGGGCUGUCAUCGUAUCCUUCGCAUUCGGUCCGCUAGCAUAUCUAAGUCUCGGUUCCGGAGGCGCAGCACAGGCAUUUACUUGGCUUCUCAACCUCAGUACGGUUGCGGGUCUUCUUGCCUGGAUGACUCUCUGCAUUUGUUAUAUCCGUUACCAUCACGCAUGCAUUGCUCAAGGAGUUGAUCGUAAUAACCUCCCUUUCAAAGGACGUUGCCAACCACUCGCCGCAUAUGUCGGUGCCAUUGGCUCCGGAAUCAUUGUUAUCUUCUCCGGUUUUGGUGUUUUCAUCAAGGGCAACUGGAGCACGGCGGAUUUCAUAGCUAGUUAUAUCGGUAUCGUCAUCUACAUUGCGCCCUAUAUUUUCUGGAAAAUAUUCAAGAGCACUAAGGUGUCGAGAUCGAAGGACGUGGAUUUGUUUUCCGGAAGAUUCGAUGCCAGUUCUGCGCCGGUAGAACCGAUACCUACGACUGCGUGGGGCAAGUUCUUGGACUGGCUGUUGUAAGGUGAUGAGGAAAGAGAAGAGAAAGGAAGAGUAGGAGGUGGAAACUAUGAUUUUUAAUGACGCAUUUUCAACAACAUGAUACCUAGCGUUUUAACAACACUUAUACCCAGUCAAUUUUACGUUUAUAUAUUUUUUCCCAUAGCCAUAGGGCAUCAGAUU